UAAUUUUUUCAAGAACUCUGAACUGGGAAAAAGAGAGAGAGAGAAAGAGAAUCCUAUCUUGCUCAAGCCAAAAACAAAAAACUAACACUAACAUUCAGUCGAGCAAUUUUAGAGCCAGUUCAAUCACCAUCGACGGAUCUAGUUUCUUGUUCCGAUUACGUUGAGUGUAUAUAAAGAGAAUAGAAGAGAACAGAGAUGGGAUUCAUAAUGGAAUUUGCGAGGCACUUGGUACUGAAGAUGAUGGAGGAUCCAGAGGAAAGGGAUAAGAAGUUCAGGGAGCAUGUAUAUGCCGUGAAAGACAGGUGCGCCAAGACCAAGGAGAUGUGGAGUCUCCCAAUGAGGCCCUAUGGGUUUUGGACCUUCGAGCGCCAUAACUCUCAGCUUGCUUGGGAUGCCCAGAUCAGCCAGGUCCAAGGACGCCGAGACCCCUACGACGAGGCCCUCCAACAAUUCUCAGGGAAAUGAAAUUGUCACAAGUUCUUUUGGUGGAAAACUGUGAAUUCCUCUUAUUUCCCUCAUUGAAUUUUCUGUUCCAUUUUUUAUGGAGACAUUGCAGACAGCUGGUUUUGUACUGCUUCAAUAUCUGAAUAAAGUUUCCUAAUAUUAACUCUGGUAUUAUGUGAGACUCUUAUUUUUCUUUUUAGAA